AGACGACACAUGUUCCCGUUUCAAGAAGGGUGGGGCGCAGGGCGGCUGUCCCCGGCUAAAGGAGACGCUCAUCGGCUAGUUCCGUAGCUGAACCCGUCAGCCACCGCAAUUAAUUAAUGUAUCCGUGUGAUAUUUGCACAUUUUCGGCGCAUCCACUUUUUAAUCUGACAUUCUUUCAAGCGUGAGAGAAAAAAAAUUGCAGCCCAGCAAAAUGUCAGAGGCUUCGGUUGCUGACACUCGCCGGCUCAAUUCCAAGCCCCAGGACCUCACGGACGCAUACGGUCCACCCAGCAAUUUUCUGGAGAUAGACGUUCACAAUCCACAGAUCGUUGGAGUCGGGCGGCACCGGUACACAAUUUAUGGAGUUCGAAUGCGGACCAACCUUCCCAUUUUCAAACUGAAGGAUUCCAAUGUAAACAGACGAUACAGUGACUUUGAGUGGUUAAAGAAUGAACUGGAGAGAGACAGCAAGAUUGUAGUUCCACCUCUCCCUGGUAAAGCCUUGAAGAGACAGUUGCCAUUCCGCGGCGACGAAGGGCUUUUUGAGGAGUCAUUCAUUGAGGAGCGGCGAAUGGGUUUGGAGCUAUUCAUAAACAGAAUUGCAGGUCACCCUUUGGCCCAGAAUGAGCGCUGUCUGCACAUGUUCUUGCAGGAGGCAGAGAUUGACCGGAACUACAUUCCCGGAAAAGUAUGAGUGAAUGCCAAAACAAACGCCUGCACCUCCUCCUUUUCUUUCCACAUCUCGUCAGUUCCAAGCCGGUGGAGGAAACAACACCAUUGGUCCAAUGUGUAAAUCAUUUGUUUUCUCUGUCAUUUCUUUUGUGUCUUAAGUGGUCGGUGAAAAAAAAAUAAAUCUAUAUUUUUUUUCUCUCUAGAAUGAUGAUUAUUUUCCAACUCAAAGUCCAUCAGAUGAUAUUUAUGUUUGCUUUGUGUUUGCUUUUGGUCACUAGUGUGUGACGACGCCCCCCCCCCCGCCUCUCCCAAAGUGAAGCAACAUGUAGCAUCAUAAAAAAAUACGCUGACUUCUGUUUAUUCUGUACAUGCUUUUACUUGGGACCGCUCACAUUUGCUAACCUACGACUGAGUUGUCACAUCUGCAGCUAUUGCAAAUGUUGAAUUAAAGCAAGCAAAUAUGAUCACUGUGAGGGUUGAGAACACAAACACAUUUUCAUUUUUUUGAAUAAUCACCGGAUCUCAAGUUGUCUCUGCUUAUGAUUUUCUUUUUUUCCUCAAUUCCAUAAAGAUGAUUGUGAAGUGUAUUAAUACUGUAGAUGUUAUCAUUCCAGUUCCACUCUUGAGUACAGAGGAAUUUCGCUCUCAUUUUUCGGUCUGACUAUUAAAUUUCCUGCCGCUCGCUGGGACAGGAGUCAGGAGAGGGAAAAUAAGUACGAGAACGCAACAAAGCUCCACUUUGAGUUGGAAAUGUGUCAAGGGAGCCGCGUGAUGAGAGGCCCCACGCCGGCGGAUGACCUAGUUUGUUCAAUGGGAACCGCUGAAAAGGAACAUCUAUGCGCAACGUGUGAUUGUACCGAUGUUAAUUGCACGUUUCUUCCUGGCUUCUGUCACACUUUGUUGGCAGAAACGAGGCUAGUCAUUCACAGAUUAUGUCAAAUAAACAGGAUUUAACCCUCGAAAUCUCAA